AUGGAAACAGCUUCGUCCGUCCUUGAAGAAGCGAACGGUUCUUCUUGUACGAAAGGCCCCAGUUGUCCUCUUUGGCCAGCGUACCAGGCGCGGGCCCCUUUUGAGCACUUUCAUGUUAGCACAACAUUUGCCGUUUAUUUGUAUCGAAAGUCCGACACGUUAUGGGAGCUGGACGCCUUCGGAGUUGGUGAGUCUGAACAGUCUUCUGAUAUUCUAAGUGCUCCGGACCCUCAACUCCCGUCACAUGUUCUAGGCCAUGGCAGUGGACGGAUGUUGCCACAAUUCUCCCACAUUCGAAUCCCAAGUCCUGCCAGAUAUUGUGAAGAUUUGCUUCUCCUCCUCUGUCGAGAUACCAACACUAGGUUUGAAACUUACUGGAUGGCGAUGUUGACAUAUAUAAAGGAGUACGUUGAUGAAAAGAGCAUUCUCAAAGUGGAGGAUCUGCAAGAAGAGUACAGGAAAUUCUACUGUGCUCUAAGGGAUGGUGACCUUACCAUGUUUUCACUUUUGGAUGAACUUUGCCGAGACUUGUCCUUGAGCGGUCGUCUGCCAGGGGGUUCUUAA